AUUAUAUUAUGUUAUGCCUCCACCAUAAUAACAAUAUGUACUGCGCCUAAUUCGUAUUUGUAUAUUACAAUUUUAUUAUUUGUGUAUUACAUUCAGACUUAUUAUUUUUAACUUUGUUUUGAGAGGGAUAUGAUUCAAUUUCAUUAUUUGUUGCAGUCGUCGUACGCGGUACCUACGCAUAUUAUAUAAUAUACUUACGAUCACAAAAUGGCAGAUUCAACGGUAGACAUAUGCCCCACAAUAAACAAGGAUCAGGUUGCGGACAUUUUGAAAAACGAUUACGGUUUUAUCAAUGGAAAAAUCCAAGAAUUGGAUGGUUACGAUGAUAAAAACUAUUACAUUACAGAUGUUGAAAAAUACACUGAAGAAAUUGAAUUUCCAAUAGACGGAAUAGUCGUAAAAUUCAUAAAUUCAAUAGACUCGAAGAAUUUGUUACUUCUAGAUGCACAAACGAAACUUACUCAGCAUCUUGAACGUUCUGGAAUAUAUUGUCCAAUACCCGUGUUUAAUAAAUAUGGAGAAAGUUAUCGGUCUCACAUUCUAGAUAACAAAAUACACGCAGUCAGAGUCUACAAAUAUGUUAAAGGAGAAACUAUGAAUAAAGUUAAAAUCAAUUCUGAAAUGACUGCAAAUUUUGGUUUUUAUGUUGGUCGUUUAACAUCAAUUCUUAAGACAUUUAAUCAUGAUGGAUUCCAUCGAAGUCAUUUGUGGGCUCUAGAGAAAUGUCCAGAAGUUCUAAAAUUUGUAGAAGUUUUUGAUCAAGAAAAACAGCAACAAACAAUUACCACAGUAAUAAACAAAUUUCAGUCUGAUGUUUUGUUAAAAGCUGAUUAUCUUGAAAAAAGUGUUAUUCAUGAAGACCUCAAUAUGAAUAAUAUAAUCAUAAAAGACAACAAAAUACUUGGUAUUAUUGAUGUAGGUGAUGUUGUCCAUUCAUUCACAAUUUUUGAUUUUUCUGUUGCACUAUGUUACCUAAUUAUGCAUGAAUUUAAAGACAAUAAUGCUAAGUUAUCUAAUGUACAUAUUAAGAAUUUUGUUGAAGCUUAUGAAAAACAGUACAGAAAUUUAAAUGAUUUUGAAGUCUCCAUAAUACAUACUUGUAUAUGUGCCAGAAUUUGUCAAAGUUUAGUUUUGGGUAAAAAAUCAAGCCUGAGAGAUUUAUCAAAUAGUUACAUACUAUCUACACAGAAGAACGGGUGGAGAGCAUUAGAAGAAUUAAUGAACAUUGAAGAUGACAAAUUUGUUAUGUUACUGAAACAUUAGUUCAAGAAAUUACAUUUUAAAUGAUUUUUAUCAUCAUUAAUGAAUUUAGUUUUACAUUAAGUACAAUAACAAUUAACUUUAUAGGCAUUGUUAUUUGAUAUUUUGAUAAAUAGCAUAGCAAUAAUGCAAUAUAUUGAAACUUAUAUUACCAAUUAUACCUGCAACAAAAAUACAAAUACAAAUAAAAAGUAUUUGAAAAGUAUCUGAAAUACAAAGAAAGUAUUUAAAUAUAAAUAUUCGAAUACUUAACAAGACUGUUUAGUAGUUAUAGUAUUUUACACCCGUGCUGAAUGUGAAAUGUGAAUAUUCAUGUCAGAACCUAAUAUCAUUGAUUAUAAUAUCUAGUAUGCUAAUAAUAUUAUUAUGUCGUAUUUAGAUUUUUAGAUUCUGAGCGGAGCGAUGAAUGUAUUGGUUCUACAAUGAUGUGUAUUUUUUUAUUUUUGUGUCAGUGUACACGAUUAGUAGUCGAAAUAAUGCUUCCAUUUUCAACUUCAGUCUUCAGUAUUUUGUUCGAUGGGAAAGUGAAUCUAGUUGGUACUAUUGGGAGAUCAAAAUUCAAAAAAUAAUUUUCAAAAGCGCACGGAAAAACAAAAUAAAUAUAAAGGAAAAACUGAAAUUUUUACUCAAAAUCGUUUUUGGCUUUUGGUGUAACUCUGAAACAAAUAUUUGUAAAUACAUGACAUUUUCACUGAAUA